CUCUCGCUCCCGGGGGAGGCGGCGGCGGGACUCGCGGCGGUGAGGGGCGCCCCCGCUGGCCCCUCUUGGGAACAUGGCGACGGGCGGCUACCGGAGCGGCGGCGGCGGCGGCACCACCACGGACUUCCUGGAGGAGUGGAAGGCGAAGCGGGAGAAGAUGCGCGCCAAGCAGAACCCCGCGGGCCCGGGUCCGAGCGCCGGCGAUGCAGCCGCCAAGUCCCCCGCCGCCGCGGCCGCCGGGACCUCGGAGCUCAACCACGGCCCCCCGGGCGCGACCGCACCUGCUGCCCCCGGGCCCACCGCCCUCAACUGCGCCCUGGGCCCCUCCGCGCUGCCCCGCGCGCCCCCGGGGUCGCGGCGGCCCGAGGACGAGGGUCCCGUCCCCGCCGCCGCCGCCGCCGCCGUCCCGGGGCCCCCGGCCAGCCGGGCCGACGAGGAGGAGCCCGACGGCGCCCCGGAGAAGGGCCGCAGCUCGGGGCCCAGCGCCAGGAAAGGCAAAGGGCAGAUCGAGAAGAGGAAGCUGCGGGAGAAGCGGCGCUCCACCGGCGUGGUCAACAUCCCCGCGGCCGAGUGCUUAGAUGAGUAUGAAGAUGACGAAGCAGGACAGAAAGAACGGAAGCGAGAAGAUGCCCUCACCCAACAGAACACCAUCCAGAACGAAGCUGCGAGCCUCUUAGAUCCAGGCGCUUCCUACCUGUCUCAGGACCCUUCGAGAACAGUCCCAGGCAGAUACAAAAGCACAAGCAGUGCCCCAGAAGAUGAAGUCUCAAGUAGAUAUCCCCGCAUGGACAGAAGUGGGUUCAGCAGGCAGAGCCGAGAUGCAAAUUCGGCAGGAAACUUCGCCUCCAGUAGCACCUUGGAAAAGAGAAUCGAAGAUCUUGAAAAGGAAGUAGUAAGAGAAAGGCAAGAAAACCUUAGACUCGUGAGGCUGAUGCAAGAUAAAGAAGAAAUGAUUGGAAAACUCAAGGAAGAGAUUGAUUUGUUGAAUAGAGACCUUGAUGACAUAGAAGAUGAAAAUGAACAACUAAAGCAGGAAAAUAAAACUCUUUUGAAAGUUGUUGGGCAGCUGACAAGGUAGAAGAUUCAAGGCUCGGUGUGGAAAAAUCUGUUUGAAACUACUGAUUGAAUGUCAAGGCUAAGACAACGCUCCUGUGCUUCAAUACAUUGCGAUAACUGUAUAUUUAUUUCUAGAAAACACAUGGAUAUUUCUUUUCAAAAUUACUCUUCUUCAUUGUUUUAAAAAGUAUCAACCUUGUAUUUCACAGAUAAGUAACAUUUUUAGUUUUUAAAAUGAUAGGCAGUGCCUCUUGGUUUUGUGUUAUAUUCAAAUAAUGUAUGGUUCAAAGUAACAACCAUUUGCAUAUAUUUUAUCUAUCUUAGUACGAAUUCUCCCUAAAGGAAUAUGCAUAGUCUUUGUUUACAUGAAUUCAAAUACUUGCAGGAAUUGCCUACAAAUGCCUUAUUACUAAUGUGUGCAGCCUUCUGUUGUUAAUACUUACUCAGAAAGACCUGUGUGCUGUCAUCUGUUCUUUCCACACUCUAAUGAUUUUGAGUAGUAAUAGGCACACUAUUUUGUAUAGCAAUAAUCUUUCAAAGGAAAGCUAUUUUACAGAGUUACUUAAUAUGGUCUAGUUGGCUAAAUAUAAACUCAAGAGAAUACUUGAACUGUGUUAUAGUAAGUGAAAAUUUACUAUUUUGUGUUUCAAUAUUAAAAUUUUUCGAUUAUUUCUGAAAAACAGUUAAUGUAUAGUUUCUUAUGUAGGUACUUUUUUAUUGCUCUAGGGUUUAUUAGUAAAUAUGGGAUAUUUAAAAAUUUGUUUAUUCUUCAGUCCUCAAGUUGUGUACACUUUCAGUGUUGAAGAAGAAAAUUGAUGCUUUUAAUAUCAUGUGCUUCAAAAUCAGAACCAAAAUCUUUUUCAUGCUUAAAAAAUGUGUGUGUGUAUAUAUAUAUAUAUAUAUAUAUAUGUUAGCACAUGUAAGCAGAGGUAACACAGAAUAAUCCCAGCUAAUUCCUGAGUGGGCGAAGCACUGGGAUGCCUUUUUUCUCAUGAGAGAAUAGUCACAUAUCCAAGGGCUACUUCUUCCCAACACUGAAAAUUUUAAAGCAACCAUAUUUGAAGAUUUAUAAAAUAAAGUUGUCUUCUGUUAAGUGUCCUUAGUAUUUAGGAUUGUUUUGUGUUAUAUUUUCAUAUUAAGAACCCCCCGCCCCCAAACAUGGAUGCCUUACAGUUGAAUCUCUUUCCCUUUUUGGUUCCUCCUUGUAAUGGUGCUGGGACUAAACCCAGCAGGCAUUCUGAGCAACUGGAUAGCUCAUCUCCAGUCCGGACAGGUGAAUUUAAGGCGGACAUGCUGACAGCCUGUCCACCAGUGUUCCGAACUUGAACAUAGUAAAACCCUAUUGGGUUCCCUCCCAGCUGUUUUUACUCCACUUACCAAACCCAUUCGUUUAUCCUCUGCUGGAAGAACAGGGGCGAUGAGACAGGUGGGGCAGGUGUGGAGUAGCGUCACACACACCGAUACUGUCUUCCCACAGGUGUCUUUAUUCGCCACGAGCGUCUCCCCAACUCCUCACCUCAGAAAUUCUGGGAUUGACCGUUCAUAAUCACUUGAGGAAAGUAAAUAGAAUUCCUGCUGGAGCUCCCAGAGAAGCAUGGUUUAGACCUUGGUUUCCAGAAGCCAGACAGUUUCUCAGCUGCUGAUUCUAAAUCACUUGGCUUGAGAGUCAGGGCUGCUGUUUCCCACGAAGUCACUGGAGCUGGGACUCACUGUCCCCCACCUCCCGCUUUAACUUCCCGCUUUAACUUAGCGGUUCACCCGGCCUCCCCAGCAGUGGUCGGCAGCCCACGUGAAGGUCUUAGCCGACCGACUCUGUCGCCCCUGGCUAUGAGGUCCUCUUCUCUUUUAGAUGUCUGGCGGAAGCAUCCCCAGCGCCUCAUUCCGUACUUACCUUUAGAGGUUGUAAAAAUGCUGUCAGCAUCCAACCCUAAAAUACAUUAGUAUAUUGAUUUUUCAAUAAGAUAGUUUGAAUUUUCUUUUUAAUUUGUAUAUAAGGGUACAUUUAAUUUCACUUUCUAAAAAUUACAUCAGCUAUGAACGUUUUUUUAAAAAACUGAGCUGUUUUGAAGUUCCUCCCAUUCAGAUAAUGUGGAGGACUUUCAGCAUGUUUUUUCUUUCUUAAAUAAUACUAGCAGGUGCACUUGUCACAGGAGCCUGGCGGUUCGUGGGCCAUGUCAUUGGAGCCCUUUCCCCAACUCCUUAAAAUAUGGAUUUAUUUCACAGACGGACUUUUACACACUGUUGAAAACAACAGGGUCAACUACAGUUCUCCUUUUAAAUUCAUUCUUAAACUCAACUUUUAUAAAAAUGUUAAACAAUACUAAGAGCAGUUUUUGCUCAUCAGUAAAUUGGAAUUUGGAGCCAGGCACAAUCUGCAAUGCCAUAGCUUAGAAUGCAGAGGCAGUAAGAUUGUGAGCUCAAAGCCAGCCCCGGCUAGGGUUCCUUGUUUCCAAAAGUGAAAAAAUAAGUGUUCAGGGGAGUUUGUAACAGAUAUCUUUAGUAUAUGUGCAGUGAUCGAGAAGCCUUGACUAGUGUCUUUAAGGUACAAAGAUUUGUGAAUUUUAGUUCUGUCACUCAGUAUUUCUCAAGUCUCCUGGUAAUUUGUGGCAUAGUAAGCCAUACACAAAGUCCUGAUAGAUUUGUGACACUUUUAAAAAAAUUUUGUUAUCACCCCAAAUGAACAUGGUGUGCCUUCCCAGUGCUGAUGAGAAUUAACUGAAAAUUGCUGUAGUAAUCUUGACUUCAUUCUAGAUUUCCUGGUAGUUUUGUUAUAUUGCGCUUGCAUUAGAAAAGAAGGAAAGGGGAUGGGCUAGGUUUUUUCAGUUAAUCUGAGAGAGACAUUAAAUAAUAGAUUAGAACUGUUACAUUUAUUCAAGUAAUUUCAGAUGUACGAAUUAAACACCAAACAUGAAGCAAUGUAGUCUUUUUAUCCCAUAGUAAUUAAAAAAAAUUGAAUAGUGAUAGGAUGCAUUCUUAAGAUUUAAAAACAACAACACAAAUCUACCUCGGUUGUAUGUGGUCUGUUUUCUGGAGUAAUCUGGAGUUUUCAAAUUAGAAACUAAAAUGUAAACAUUUGAGUCCAUUUUUUUUCCGUGUUUAAGCAGAACAGAUCAGUGUAGUAAAAACAUCAGCAUCUUUAACAUCACAAGAUGAAAAGAAAAAAGACUUUGUCCAGAGUCCUGGGAUUGGAGAAGUGAUCUGGUAGCCUGAACAACUUUCAGGAAUACAGUGGCAGGCCCCCCUCCCUCCCACUCCUCCUCAGCAGACUUCAACCAGUGACAAUAAGUUUCAGAUACCUAGCCAGAAAGGUGGCACUUACUUAAUAAGUAUUCAUAAUUUUUAUUAAUUUCCUCUAGGAUUUAGCCAUGUAUUUUUAUUGCAGUAUAUGAACCCAGGUGCACCAGCUUUGCCUUAGAGGGAAUAUGGAAAGUGAGACAGAACCAAUGUUUAAAGGUCCAAGCAAGCUUUCUGUAAGUUACAAUUAGUGUCAAGCAUCCACAUCCUGGUGUGUGCCAGCAAAGGUCAGCCUCUCUUAUUUUUUGGGUGAUAGUAAGAUUAUUUUUUUUUUAUUUUUAAAAAUUUACUACAAUUUUUUCAUUUUGUAUCCCAGCUGCAGCCCAAUCCCACCCUCCCUCCCUCUUUGCCUCCCAUGCCCUUUCCCCAGUCCCCUGAUAGGAGAGAUCCUUCUCCCCUUCCAUCUGAUCCCAGCCUAUCAGGUCUCAUCAGGACUGGCUGCAUUGUCUUCCUCUGUGGCCUGGUCAGGCUGCUCCGUUAUCAGGGAGUGGUGGUCAAAGAUCCAGCCACUGAGUUCAUGUCAGAGACAGUCCCUCCCUAUUCCCCUUACUAGGGAACUCACUUGGAGAUUGAGCUGCCAUGGGCUACAUCUGUGUAUGAGUUCUAGGUUAUCUUCAUGCAUGGUCCCUGGUUGCAUUAUCAGUCUCAGAAAAGACCCCUAGGCCCAGAUUUUGUGGCUCUGUUUUUGUACCUGAAACUAAAGGGCAUCUUGUUUUCAUCUUUAAGAUGAAAGAUAUUUCUUACUUCUUGCGGUACUGAGAACUGAACCCAAAACCGAGGUAAGCACAGCACCACCGAGCUCUGUGUGUACUCCACAGGACAUCCUGUGGAUGCAAAUUUUAACUUAGAGUAUUUACCUGAACACGGUGUGAUGCGGUUUUGUUCCAUCAAACUGAAAACAGAACCCUACUGAACAGCUGUUUGCUGGCCAAUCCCUGCCCAGGCACUCCCGAGCGACACCCCCCGCCCCCGUGGUGCCCACUGUGUUCCAUGUGGACACGGUGAUAGUUCCCAUCUGUGCUUAAAGACUUGAAGCAGCUGGGCAUUCCACAGCCCACCUAGUCAACACGCUUCCUCACAAGUCUGAACGCCAGGCUUCAGACUUCAGAACCCACACGGGGGAAGGAGACCCGACUCUCACAAGCUGUCACUCUGACAUCUACAUUUGUAAUGUGGUGCACAUGCAUACACACACACAGACACACAGACACCCUCACACUAAACGGAAAUAAUAAGACUUGAAUCGUUGGUCAAGAAAACCUGAGCCUGUUUUAGUCUUCUAUUUUGAGUUUUUAAGAAGGUCUCCCAUUGUAGCCUAACCUGGCUUGAGACUCAUUUUGUCAUCCAGGCCAGCCUCAAAGUCAUCAUCCUCCUGCCUUAGCCUUGUGAGGUUUUUUUGUUUGUUUUGUGCGUGUUUCGUUGGUUUUGGCUUAGCUAUAUCUCCUAACAUAGUGCAACUCAAAUAGUUACGUGAGCCUCUUUGUACUAAACUUUCUUACCUAUUUCAAGCAGAAACUUAGGUGACCAUCUGCUGACUCUUCCAUGUGUAGUCUAAGUAGCGUAUGCCAGGAGCGUGAAGGUCAGCUCGAGGGAGCUGAACGGCUGAAUCUGCAUAGGUGAUUCCAAAGCAGGUCUCAUUCCUAUCCUGCCCUUGACUGUUAGGUCUAGUUAAUAGGUACUGUUUCAUUUGCUGCAACAUUUCUGAGCGGUAAAGGGAAGAGCUGGCGAAUACCAGAAAGUAUCUUACUAUCUUUUUGUGUAAGUAUGCAUUAGGAAGUGAUAAUUAUGAAAUGUCGUAAAGACCAGGUGGUGGUCUUUAAUCCCAGCACUCAGGAUGCAGAGGCAGGGGGAUCUCUGUGAGUUUGAGGCCAGCCUGGUCUACAUGGUUUCAGGACAGCCAGAGCCACACAGAAAAACUCUGUCUUGAAAAAAGAAGAAAAGAAAUGUAAUAAAAUAAAGAGUUUAAUGCAUGUCAUAUACACAGUUGUUGGUUAUAUUCAAAUUGAAUUGUUGGUUAUGUUCAAAUUAGUAUUUCUGUAUUCGAUAUUGGUCACUGCUGUGCUUUUGAGCAUGCCAUCUGUCAAACCUUCGGAUCAGUUGUCGGUAGACAUUCUGGUAAUUAAAAUGGCAAUGACAGUCACUUGGUGGACAAUGAUUGACUGCCCUGUUUUGUUUUUUCUCUGCAUGCCAAAUUGUGUGUAUGGUUUUUGUUUGUCAACUUAGUCCUUUAAAAAUUUGGUUUCAUUCUUCGAGGGUUUUAUUUGCUUGUUAUUUUUUUUCUCUAAAUUUAAGAAGCAAGUGGGCAUGCUACCAGUAGAAGUCACAAGACAACUAAGACUUACAGUUUGAUUAAGAUCAACUGAACCCAAACAUUAAUGAAAAUUAUCUGGAUUAAAUAAUUGGACACAGUGUUGUGUAAAUAGGUUUGGUCCAUCCCAUUGUUUGGGCUUCCAUCAUGGAAGAGUGAACUCAAUGUAAUAGAUUCACUCUUACAAUAAGCUUUGCAUGGAAAAAAAUGAAUCUUCAAUAAAAAGCAUGUUUUCAUCUUUUCAA